AUGGAUCAAGGCGAACAGACAGGAGUCAUCAUCUCCACGGCCGUCAUUGGCCUUCUCACCGGCUACGUUUUCGGCAUCUGGACUAUUCGCGGCUACCUCAUUUCGCCCUCUCUGGUUGAGGAGCGCCGGCGCACCCUGCACGACCCUAUCGAGAGCGACGAGAGCGAGAUUGACGAGGACGACACGGUUCUCGACCAUGCGCCUAACUGGGCUAAUGGUGCUGACGCCGACCGAAAGCAAGGCUUAAGGGCUGCGGUGGAGAAGAUUGAGCCUGUUGUUGAGGACAACGGCGAGGAGUGCAAGCUUGUUCUCGUUGUGCGAACAGAUCUUGGCAUGACAAAGGGCAAAAUCGCGGCUCAGUGCUCCCACGCCACCCUCGCAUGCUACAAGAAGCUCGUCCGCGCCGCCCCCAACUCUGCCCAGGCUCAAAUUCUCAAGCGGUGGGAGCAUUUCGGUCAGGCCAAGAUUGCUGUGCAAAUCAAGAGCCAGAGCGAGAUUCUCGAGCUUCAACGCAAGGCACGAUCUCUGGGUCUCACGGCUGAGGUGAUUCAGGACGCUGGCCGAACACAGAUCGAGGCGGGUAGCAUGACAGUGCUGGGCGUUGGACCUGCUCCCAGAAGCCUUGUCGACCAAGUCACGGGCGGACUCAAGCUACUGUAG